AUUGGAAUCGGAAUCACCUGCAAGCCCUUGACCUGUGUUAGCCCUUGCUUCCUGGCUUCUUCCAGAUCUUCUCUGAGCACGCGAACAUUUUCGGUGAACGGGACCAGCACUAGCAGGGGCUGUUCCUUCUGUCUCAACUAUAACGAUAAGCACACCGCAGAGCAAGCAACAUGGGCAAAGCACGACCAAUGUUUGCCAGUGAAAUCUUUUCAAAUUUUCAAUUUCACGUCUCUUAAUAAGAAGCCUCCUCCAGAUCUCGCACCAAAUCUUCCGCCAGAAAAUCCUUUCCCGCCAGGCUUGCCAUCCUCCCAACCUCUCCUCUUCAUACACUUUUCUCCAACCACCACUUCAGACUUCACCAUGACAUCUCCGGCCGAUCCUCAUACCAAGUGCUACUCGCACAUUAACGGCACCAGCGAGGAGCUCCUUGACCGCUUCGCCGUCUCGGAGCUGUGCAAGGGAUGGCCCGUCUACCGUGAUUCCUCAGAGUGGAAGAACUACCGCGAUCUCUUCACGGACGACGCCCACGUUUGGACCACCUGGAGCGGCCCUCGUCACGUUGACGACUUCAUCUCCAUUUCCAAGGCCGGCAAAGAAAAGGGCGUCUUCAUCAUGCACCGCGAGUGCGGCACUUUGGUCGAGCUCAACCACUGCAACGACCGCGCCAUUGGCAAGAUGAAGGCGACCAUCACGCACCGCUUCACCUUCGACCCGGCCACCGCCGCCCGCGGGACGACUCCCGAGGCGGAGACGGCUGAGUUUGACGUCGACUGCGACUGCCGCUUCAUCUUCUUCUGCGUGAAGAACUCGGCCACCAAGCAGUGGAAGGCCAAGUACGUCAAGCUAUUCUACGAAAAGGACAAGGUCGUGCCUGUCGACGGUUGCACUGCGCCCAAGUUCGCCAAGGAGGAGCUCGACAAAAUCCCCACGGGCUACAAGUACCUCGGCGCCGCCCAGGCCCGGCUCGGCUACAACAUUGACCUCGACCUGCCGACGGCCACUGGUGCGUUGUGGGAUCGCAUGUACGGUGAGAUGGAGAAGUGGCUGGAUGGCAAGGACAUUGACUUGUUCUGGGAGAGUAAGUGAACGCAGUCGUGGAUGGUGGAGUAAGAUAUGACGAACCCGGCUGAGGUAAUCGAUGGUUGGGUACUUGGUGGUGGGCUUUGCGGAUUCAGAGCGCUUAGACAGAUGAAGUCUUCGGUGGCCGUGAUCAAUUGAGGAUUCUCAGCGAACUCGCCUUCAUACUUCCGUGUUACUCCUUCCCUUGCACAUUGGGACCAGUGCGGUCGCUAUCAAACUUGCGAAACACCACACUCGUCCUGAUUCAUGACUUCGGAAUCC